AUGGCCACAACCACCACCACUCUCGACCCCCAAUACGCCCAACUCUUCCAAACCUUGGAAUCCCAAUUCCAGACCACCAUCCUCCCCCACGACAAAUGGUACAUCCUCGCCAUCUCCACCCUCGUCGCAAACCCGGACCCCGAACGUGCCGACCAGCUCUACCUCUACCUAACCUCCAAACCCGAGUACUCGACCCCAUCAUCCCGCCAACACCUGAUCCGGCGCAUCCGCGAAGCCCUCAUCAAAAGCGUGAUAAUAGUCGGAGUGUGCAAACCCAUCGAAGCCAUCCUCGCCAUCAGCAAGCUCGAAGCGCCCGAAGACAAAGACUACACGUUCACCCGGGAGGGCUGGCAAUGCGACGAGGCGAAUCACGAGCGCGGCGUGGCGUGGUUGGAGAAGCUGUAUGCGCGGAACACAUCGGGCACGUUGGAUUUGUUUGCGGCGCAUAAGGAUUUCGCCUGGUUGUCGAAGGAGAUUACCUACGGGUUGUUUUUGAGUGAUCGCGGGGUGUUGGAUGAUUUGGAUACCCAGUUGGUGGUGUUGCCGGCGAUUAUGAGUCAGAAUUUGAGAAUUGAGACGCAUUGGCAUAUUAGGGGCACGAGACGGUUGGGGGUCAGUUUGGAGGAUGUGAGGGUUUUGUGUGAGGGUGUUAAGCAUGUUGCUGGGUUCUAUGGGAGGGUUUUGGAUAAGGUGCCUGGUGUGGAGGAGGUGGAGGGGGAUGUUUGA